CAUGUACAUUAAAUUCUCUUUUUAUCUAUAGAAAUGGCCAAUGGGUUUCAUAUUGAAUAUAACAGAAAGAGAGAAAGGAGAGAAUAAAGCUGCCAUUUCUCCUCCUGUUGCUCCUCUAAGAAGAAGUGUUGACAUAGUUGGAUUUAAUAUUGAGGAAGAGAGAGAAGGAUUCUUAGUACUAUCAUGGCUGCCUUCAGAAUUAACUAAAAAAUCAGCUUUUAUAAAACAAGGAUUUUACAGAAGUUUUGCAAAGAAGAAGGCCACUAACUUGGGAAAUGGUCUUUCCACAGAAUCAAUCUCUUCAAAUGACUUCAACAUUAGACCAUCCACUAAUACUAGCACUACUAGUAAAACUGAUUCUAGUACUGGUGAUGCUGGUUUGAUCCCUCAGUACUGGUAUAGUGUGGAUGGUGAGCCAUUUGAAGCUGUACCACUCGAUGUAUCAUUGGAAAAGAACAGAUUACAAGUGUUCUGUACAUCUUAACUACCAUAUCAUGGUACAUACAUGUGUGUAUUAAUUAUUAGUUUAUUAUCUCUACUAUUUUGUUGUGAAAUCUUUAUAUAAAAAAAUUGCAAUAGCA